CUGCUAUACUGAUCCUCUAUGAAUAGAUGCGCAUCUGAAACAACCUUCACAGAAAUCUAAUUGAACGAAAAUUUAUCACCGCGGCUGUUGCUACAACCCUGCUUUCACAUUUAAUUUUCCUCAUUUUAUUUUUCUGAAUCAUCUCAAGAAAUCUCUCAUUUUUAACAAAUGACACAGAAAUUUUCCAGAGAUGAAAAAAUCAAAGAAAAAAUUUGUGCGACUCUUCUGCAAAUCGUUCGAAGUGUUUUCCUUCAUUGAAUUGUUCUGGAACUUCUUCACUUCUACAUGAAUCUGUGAAUUUAAUUUUUCAUUCACGAGUUUGUAAAAAUCUGAUGAAACUGCCACAAUCUGUUAUUCAUAAUCGGCUUUAAACGAUUCAUGAAAUUAUCACUAUCAUACUAUAGCAACGUUGUUUUUAUAAUAUUAUGUCACUGUACCGUACAUUUGAUUGGUAAAUAACAAUUAUUUUCUCUUCAGACCUAUCGUAGGUACUCCGAUUCACACCAUACUUUAAAGAUACUUCACUAAGCUCUCAUUUCGCUUUCUCUACACUCAAAAUUUCGCCGACAAAACUUCACUAUAUUCACUGUUAUAAUUAAUAUCAUUUUAGCACCAAACAAAACCAAUCAACCAUGGGGAAUCAGAGCAGUCGCAAUAACCAUCACCAUCCUCCACCAUCGGCGUGGACCCAGAGCUUCCCUCGGGAGACGCGCAGGCUGCAGAAGAUGGGAGUCACCAACGAAAAUAGAGUUCUACCCGAGCGUGUUCCGGUACAACGUCUUCGUCCCACCGAGAACGGUCGCAGCCUACACGUCGCCGGCACGAUAACUGGUCGCCGAGCCACCAACACGAUCGAACCUCACCCUCUUCAACCCAGUCCCAUGGGACACCAGUCUUUGCCCGGCUAUGUGUCACCCAUGUCAACACCUUGCCGUGCACACCCCAAUGGGCCAUCUCCAUCCAUGAUGCACUCCAACUCCCUAACGCACCUACACCAGCCUUGUGCCAUACAUCCUUCACCUCGACUAGACCCAAGCAGAGGCGGAUCUAUGCAUGACCUAAGAUUCGGCUACCCUCCGUCUAAAGUUUACACUAGUGAGCCAGAUCUGCGAGCAGGCAGCCACCCAGUGGCCAUGCCAGUCCCUCAUUCCCCUCAUACAAUUGUUAGUCAAAGUCCCACCAAAGGGAGAAUCAAAUCGAAGAAGCGCAAUCGGGCUCCUCCGCCACCUGGUAGCGGUGCUUUGUCGGACGGGUAUGUGCACGAUAAUGGGCGCGCUGGCUCUGAAGUGCAGAGGGCCGUGCAUUGGGGUACAUCGGACACUCAUUCACGACCACCUUCUCAAGUAUCCAGCAGUAGAAGCAAGAGUAGAAAAAUUGGUUUAUUCAAGAAGAAGAGCGAUGGGAGGAAGUCCGAUAACGAAUCGUACUUCACUGACGAUCAAUGCAAAUCUAGGUACAAUCGAAGUACCUCCUCAGAUGUUUCCAAACAAGAAAAGCGAGAAAGAGCUCGGAGUGUGGACUGUCUUCAGCAUGAACUACGAAACUCAGUAUCAGACCCCAAAGGCGAAGCAUCUAUGCAAGGGUUUAGUAGCGACGAAACGAGUUCUUCGUCACGAGAAAAGGAAAUUCGACCGAGAAGUCAGACGAUUGAAAGAGAUUCUAGGCGCACUGCACGAGAAAAUAGUGUAGAAAGACGUAUUAGCACCACAAUGGAGCGCAACCCUCGUUACCAAUCCCGAGAGAGCCAGAGCAGAAUAGACGAUCCAAGAUCAAAAACAAAACUGGAAGGAAGACGUAGUCAUGAUUUACAGUACAGCAGGCAGUUUGUUGGACCAUACGAUCAUCAAAAGAUCUCUCGAGAUCUUGAGAGGAGAGCUUCUUAUAGCGUUGCUCGUGUAGAUAAACCUAUCGAUAAAGCAUUCGAAGAGUGGGACAAAGCUGAACGGGAUGAAUUGCGACGAAAGAGGAUCUCUGACACGAUGAAAAACGAAAUUCUAUCCGUUGGGAAAAAUUUGAAAAAAUCAUCUCCUGACAUUUUGGCCAGCAAUGUCGGGAGUUUUGACGAUUCUCAGAAAAAAUCGUCUGAGAAAGAAAGGAAGACUUCUGUAACAGAGAAUAAUAAUGUCCAAGAUAAAGAAACUCCAAAAAUGUUCUUCUUUGGAAUGAAACCUUCAGGCGACGGUGAGGAUGUUUCCAAUACCAGAUCUCCUGCAACUAGAAUUAUUGAAACGGAGCAAGUUCGUAUAGAAGGAAACGCUGUAGAGUUUUCAAAGCGCAAUGCUGAAGUCAUUGAACGUAGUAGAAGUCGAAGCAAAAUUCGGAAUUCUGACGCUGCCGAAGGUAAAUGUGGAGUUGAAGAUAAUCGAAGGAUAGCGAAUGAUGUUGAUGACUUUGCUGUUGCAGUAGAACGAAGAAGCCGCAACAAUUUCGUCGAAGAUAAUAUGCUCAAUAAUUCGUUGAGACGUGAAGAUGGAGGAUAUCACUCACGCCAAAAUUCCGGUAGUUUUCAUUUGGAAAACGAAAACCAAUCCGAUGAAGACAUGGGGGUGACUGUAAAUUUGAGGCCUAUUUUACCCAAGAGACAGCGAGAAAUACCCCGUUUCAGUCCCAACGCUGCCUGGAGGUUCUUAGGUGAAGAGCCUUUCUUACCAGGCGAGAAUCUCAACGAGAGCCGCAGUAGCGAAGAAGUGGACGCUGUGUUUGAAGACAAAAUUCUAGGCUUUUCAAGGCCAGUGGCUCCCCCUAGGGGGUCUGGUGAAAAAUCCGCCGACUCAGGCAUUUCUGGUGACGCAGGAAGUCCUGGUCCCAUGCAAGAGUUCGAAGCAAUCAAAAUAGUGGCAGGUCCUCUGGCGGUUUCUUCGCCCGUCGUAUCGGGUCGCUCAGAUGCACGGCGUGCUUGGACUCCCGCUCAGGAUUUGGAUGAGAACAGCCUGGACGGCAGCGGAGAACCUGCAGUUAACGGAGUAACCCAAAAUAAUAGACUGAGUACUCCACCUAAGCUAACCUCAAGAGCUAACAUGUUUAAUUUAUUUGGGCUCAAAGAAUACCGAGCCAACAAUGGCUUCCUAAACUCAGACGAAGAAGAGAAAGCUAUGAAUCAAUCCAAGACGAGCACCACUAUGGACGAAAGCACUCAAACUGUCUUGAACUUCCGUAAAUUGAAACGAUCUGUGUCCGGUAGUGCAAAUAAUACACCCAAUUCAUUGAAUUUCUCUCCAAAUGCUCGAAAAAUCCCGGAAGACAAUGGGCCGAAAUCUGAAGAUCAUCCAGUACAAAAUGACAAGUGGAGAGAAAAUUGGUCUAUGACGCGAUCAAUUCCUAAUUCUUUGAACAACUACAAAGAAUCUGACUGUCUCGUGAGGCGAGAUGGUCGUCCAGGAGAAGAUCCACAAAACCUUCAGUAUCGGAGAUUUAACAGCGAGAGUAACGCUGCUCUGUCCCGACAAAGCUCUUCAUCCCACCUUCAGAGUAAUCAAUCUACGGGACACAUCAUGUACUUGCCGGAGUACAACUCUUUGAAGGUGUCGAACGACGAAUCUGCAGGGCGAGAAAUUCGAAGUCGCGAUUUGAAUUCCUCGAAGCAUCUUUUUAAGUCGAACGCUAGUGAAAAUGUGCACGAUUUCAGAGGUGAAACUGAAGGAACUAAUUUUUUUGUCAAAUCCAAGGGCCAAAUUUCAAUGACAGACUUCUCACCGAUUAGUCGACUUAGGAAAGGGAAGAAAUUCUCGUACCAAAGUACUGUCCGUGUCCUCGAGAAGAAGAUGAUCGAAGAGAAGCUGAACCGAGAAAUUGCUGCCAAGGAACAACAAAGACUACAAGAGGCCGCUGCCAUGAAACGGGUUGAAGAGGAAUUCCAACUGAAGAGGGAGCGGGAGAAGAAGCGUCUGCAGCAGCAAUUGAAGCUUUACAAAGCCAUGCAGGGCUCCGGCGAUAGCGAGGAUCCCUUCAGUGCUGACGGUUCAUUCUUACGCAGUUCUUCCCUCGAUUACCCAAUCGAUCAGCAAAAGGAAAUAAUGUCGGAUGAUGCAGAUGCAUUUAUAAAGUCUCAAGACUAUCGCAGCAGUAAGAUAAAUCCAGGAUUCGAAGAAGAAAUUCCUAACGGCUCUCACUCGUCAACCAACAGCUACAUUAACGGUCAUACUCGAAGUGACGUAAAUAACUCAUCCAAAGAAGAUGACGAGCGCUUCCAAAAGGCUGCCGAGUUUCGAGGAAAUAUAAAUUCCAUAGCAGAUGAAUUGAAGUCUGACUCUGCUCGAGAUGUUCGACAGAAAAUUGUUUCACAGAGAUACACUGGCAACGAGACUACUUCUUCCUCAGUGUCUUCGGUUUCGGCGCAGUCGCGCGGGGGCGAGAGCGCUCAGUUCAGUCGCCGUCGUCCGGCACCCGAGGGCGCCCCUGCCACCCACAACGGCAGCCCCAACGCCAGGGCCGAGGCUUUGCAGGCAGCCAGGCACCGCAGCGGCAUGAUCACCCAGGAACUCCCAGAACAUCAGCAGCCGCGUCGUGAGUAUCGGGAAUACCGACGUUCGCAGCGACCUGCUUCCGCUCAAGGUGGAAUCAGUGACAACUACCGAAGGGACUUCAGCAGAGGCCAGGCCCAGGUGGCGCUUGAUGACCUCAGCUGCAGACUUUCAAGCGACGGGCGCCGCUCGCGCGAUGAUAGACCUUCCGCGUCGGACCUGCUAGAGACCGCCUCGUCCUGCUCCUCCGUCCCCAGGUAUCCUGGAGGCCGCCAGCCCGUCGUAGUGAAGACCCACAUUAUACGCACCCCAGCAGGAGCAGGAGGAGGCAACCACAAGACGCACGUCACCAAAUAUUACGAACACCCGCCCGCUGUCGGCAACAUGGCUAGGCCGUCUUCUCCGUACCAGUUUCCAAGCGAAGCGUACAACCGCCACGUGGUUCAACCGUACAGAUCGGCUAGGAUCUCGCCAACCCCCAACAACAAACUCUUGAGGACUUAGACACGUCGAUAAAUUUUUGCUCAAAUUCUUAGUGUUUUCUAGAUGCAAUAUUUCAAAUCUGAAUUUUUCUCCAUAAGUGUUUGCUGAAGAGAUGACGGAUAGGUUGAAAGAGGGAAAUUCUGUUUUAAUGUUCAUAGAUUAUCGAUGGUAUAAAAUUUUCUUCCAUAAAAAUUAAUCGACGGAAAUUUGCGAAAGACGGAUUUGUACCACUCCUUGUUCAAUUAAAUCCAUAAACAGAAAUCCAUGUUACUUUUGAACAAGUUGUGCUGCAAGUCACUACGUCGUUAUGUAACGAUUGAAUUUAUAACAUUGACCAAUUAUUUUUAUACACAACCAGUUGCUCAAUCUUUUGCUUGAAAGGAAGAAAUAGCUUAUUAUUUGUUGGAAGCCUACAUUUAAUGUUUCAAAUUUUUCUCUGUAAAUCAACUUAGCAAUAAUGCUCUCAGGAAGUAUGAACUCUUUAAUUUAACUUUUUCUCCUACCUUAAAUGUUUCAAAGAAAUACUUAAAUGUAGUGUAAAUGUAGCUUCUGAAUAUACCUUUACGAUCGCCUUGCCGUGUGUUAGCUCGAGUGGAAUAGUUUCAAAUUUAUUUGUCUUUCCUAUCAGUGAAGUGCUUGAUUAAAAUGUAGAAAAUGAAUUCGUUAGGUCAGUCAGAAUA